AUGUCUGAAAUCUAUGAUAACUGGGAGAGGCUGGGGGGGGGGCGCCGGGAGCAGUUCCGGCGGCUCUGCAACCAGCACUCGAGAAAUUCUAGCAUCAGCUCAUUGUCCUCGGACUUUAGUUUCAGUUCGCCGCUGCACGACAUCGAAUUUCUUAACUUUUCGGUCCCCGGCGCCGCCGCCUCCCAUAAUUCGUCUUCUCGACAGCAAACUCAUCGCCAGGCAGCCUUUAUCUCGGAGUCUGUCUCUCCGGAAACAGCACCAAUCAACGCAGACCCGCUUGCAACCUUCAUGUAUAAAGUGGUGCUCAAAGUGGAUGUACAUGAUGACAGAGAAAUCAGAAAGGCCCUCAAAGUAGUUUCUUCUUUUUCCGGGCUCCAGUCUGUUUCUUUGGACAGGACGCAGAAAAAGUUUACAUUAGUUGGGGAUUUCGAUCCAAUUUCAAUGGUCCAAAAAUUGAGAAAAUCAUUGCAUACAGAAAUAGUCUCAGUUGGCCAAACAAAAGUGGGCUGAUCAUGUGCUUUCUAAUGGGAUAUGUUUCGGUUUACUGAUAGCCGAAAGCCCGGCUUCACUGAUCCUGUCAAUACUUGAAUAAAACCAUGAAGUUUUCAGCCUUCUCUUUUAUACAUCUAUGUGUAAAUAUCACUGUAAAUUUCUUCCUUACAAUAAAUAAUUGCCACAGCUGACACUAAUACCUACAUCAGAAAAUUUCCAGACAAAAUACAUUACUUACAUUCAUUCUUGUCCAACAUAUCCACUACUUGUUCCAUGGUUGGUCUGUCUUCUGGUUUAUUUUCCACACAAGAUAAGGCUACGGCCAGCAUCUCCCACAUCCCUUGCUUCACAACAGGAUUCUUCAGAAGCUUUUUAUCAAACGCCAAAGAAGUCCAUCCGUCACGAGCAUUAUAAAGAGCCCAAUCAGCAAACGUUAGAGGCCUGCCGAUGAAACGCAAAGGGGACCUUCCAGUUAGAAGUUCAAUCAGCAGAACCCCAAAGCUGUAGACGUCAGAGGCCUGGGUUAUCAUCUCCUCUUUUGCCGAGGUCUCCGGAGCACAGUACUUCGAAAAUGUAAAAGUGACAACGCUGAUAUCAGAGAUGCAGCCGUAUUGUUCUGAGUCGAGGAAAAUGUUUGAAGCCUUUAUGUUUCCAUGUACAACCUUCCCAAUCCUUUGUCCGUGGAUAUGCGCAAGACCCUUUGCUGCACCAAUUGCGAUUCUGAGACGGGUUCCCCAGUCUAAGUGAACGCGAUUCUUGCCUUUUCUUUCCAGGAAAACAGGAUGAGAAAAAUUGAGUGGCAAUGAUUAUAUUACUAUCAGAAAUUGUUGUAAUUAACCAGAUAACUAAAUGAACAUACCAUGUAACAUUGUUUCCAGGCUUCCUUGAGGAAAGUAUUCAAGAAUUUCGAGGCAUUCAUCUUCAUUUAUGUAGUAUCCCAUCAUCUUAACUAUAUUCUCAUGCUCGAUACCGGCACAAAGCUUUAUCUUCUUCUCGAACAUAUCAUGUGCCCAAUUCUCUCUGCUAAUUCUCUUCACCACAAACACAAAAUCUUCUCUUAACCUCACAAGGUACGCAUUUCCAAACGAGUCUAUUGUGUCUCCAAGAGCGACGGAAGGAGCUAUUAACAAUUCAUCGA